AUGACUACCUUAAACCACACUGGGGUCAGCCACACAGUCUUCCGCUUGCUGGGCAUCCCUGGACUAGAGGAGCAGCACAUGUGGAUUUCCAUCCCCUUCUUCACUUCAUAUGUCAUUGCCCUGCUUGGGAACAGCCUGCUCAUCUUCAUCAUCCUCACAAAGCGCAGCCUCCAUGUACCCAUGUACCUCUUCCUCUGCAUGCUGGCCGGAGCAGAUGUCGUUCUUUCUACAUCCACAGUACCUCAGGCCUUGGCCAUCUUCUGGUUCAAUGCUGGGGAGAUCUCUCUGGAUUGCUGCAUCACUCAGGUCUUCAUUCUCACUUCCACUUUCAUCUUUGAGUCAGGGAUCUUGGUGGUGAUGGCAUUUGACCGCUACGUUGCCAUAUGCUACCCACUGAGAUACACCACUAUUCUUUCACACACUCUAAUUGGGAAAAUUGGAGUUGUGAUCUUUCUGAGAAGUUAUGGUACAGUUUUUCCUGUAAUAUAUCUUCUGAAAAGAUUGACAUUCUGCAAAAGUAACAUUUUACCAAACACUGCUUGUAAGCACAUUGCCUUGGCCAAAAUUUCCUGUGAUAACAUUCGAGUAAACAUCUGGUAUGGAUUGUUUGUCCUAAUGUCAACUUUGGUCUUAGAUGUUUUACUAAUUUUUGUUUCAUAUAUGUUGAUUCUCCAUGCUGUCUUCCAUAUGCCUUCCCAAGAUGCUCGCCACAAGUCUCUCAAUACUUGUGUCUCACAUGUCUGUGUCAUUAUCCUCUUUUUUGGGCCUGGAAUCUUCUCAGUCCUCACUCAAAGGUUUGGACACCACAUCUCACUCCAUAUACAUGUCCUGCUUGCCAAUGUCUAUAAUUUGGCUCCACCUAUGCUGAAUCCCAUUAUUUAUGGGAUCAGGACCAAACAGAUCUGGGACCUGGUGUUUCAUUUGUUGUUUCCAAAGCAGAAAUGA